AUGUUCUCCAGCCGGGCCCUCACCAGCGCCGCGCGCAUCGCCGCCCCGCGCCCCCAAAUCGCCGCCCGCGUCGUCGCAACCCGCGCCUACGCGGCCGCUGCUGCCCCCAGCACCGGCGCCGCAAACAAGCCCCCCGUCGCCCUCUUUGGCAUCGACGGCACAUAUGCCUCCGCCCUGUACACCGCGGCAGCGAAGACCAACGCGCUCGACAGCGCCGCCAAGUCGCUCGACAGCCUCGCUGCCGUUUUCAAGAAGGACGCCAAGCUCGCCACCAUCCUGACCGCGCCCACGCUCUCCGUCUCCGACAAGCAGCAGAUCGUCGCCGAGCUCCAGAAGCACCUCGGCAACGACAAGGACGGCAUCGUCAAGAACCUGCUCGACACCUUGGCCCAGAACAACCGGCUCGGCGCGCUUGAGGGCGUCGUCGACAAGUUCGGCCAGCUCAUGAGCGCCUACCGCGGCGAGGUCGAGCUGACCGUCACCUCCGCGGCGCCUCUUGACAACCGCACGCUGUCCCGCCUCGAAUCCGCAGUCUCAAAGUCGUCGUACGUCUCAUCGGGCCAGAAGCUCAAGGUCGUGCCCAAGGUCAACCCAGACAUCCGCGGCGGGCUCAUCGUCGAGAUCGGCGACCGCACCAUCGAUCUCUCCGUCUCCGCCAAGAUGGCUAGGAUGAACAAGCUGCUCAAGGACACUUUGUAA